CCACUACUCGGAGGCGGGUUUUGCCUGUCCUGCUUUCUGUUGUGUAGAGCGUCUAGUAUCUAGGCAACCGCUAAAAGCGGUUGGACUGAAGACGCUGAGAAAACGGAUCUUCGAGCGAAAGUGAGGUAUGAUGUGGAACGAUACGCCCUUAUCGCCUUCCGUCCUAAAUGAAAAGGAAAAGGAAAACCAGAGGGUUGAAAGAGAGCAAGCAGCUGUAAAAAUUCAGAAGAGAUGGUGGAUGCACAUGACAAAAAGACUAUUUAAACUUCUGAAACACACAAUUCGUGCAGCGGAAUAUUGUAUUAGCUAUGACAUUUUAAAAAGAGUGAGUCCUUUGGAAGCUGAACUUCUUAAAGAACCUACUAUUCAGUAUAAAGUCCGAUUCAGAUUUGCUGGAUCUGAUUUCCCCCCUUUUAUUAUAUUUAAAAUAUUUUGUAAAUCAAGAACCAAAACCAACCAAUAUAUCAGCGGGAAAAGAGUAAUAACAUCAGAAAGUAAGGCAGCUGUUGAUGCUUGCAAAUUAAUGGGAUAUCGGACGUAUUAUAAUCAGAUUCUUCAAGAUGAACUUCAGAAUAAAAGGCACGGAAUAACAGAUGAAAUAGAUAUUGCUACAAUAAGAGAUUACAUGCAAUAUGCCAGUCAUAUGGAUGAAACUCCAGCAUAUUAUGGUGGCAGACAUAAUUAUUGGAGAAGGCUGACAUUGGAAAAUUGGCCUAGAGCAAUGAUAGCAUAUGACAUCAUGGAUUAUGUACAGUCUGGGAAGCUGUCUGCUAGACUUAGAGCUGAACUUCCAUUUCUGUUGCUGAAACCACAGAAUGAAGAGACAUGUCGUGCUCAAAUCUUGGCUGUUUGUCAAAUUAGGUCUAUGUCACCUGGUUUCAUAACUACUUCCCUAUCAAGACAAGAACAAAAAGCAGCCCAGAGAAUGUCACAACGCCGCUCUUAUCAAGCUAGACAGAAGAUUGCAAAAAUGAAGAAAGUUUAUAAAGCUGUAAAAGAAGAGGACUUAAGCAGUCCUUCUUUGAGUGAUCAUUCAGCUGGAGAUCCAGGGCCUAAAAAUCAAUUUUCUAAUGAAGACUGGGAGCAAGAAGCAGUAAUGCUUUACGAUUGGGCCAGAUCACUCCGAACUGAAGAUAUUGGGGAAGAUUAAUCAGAGAUAAAUACAUAACCAUGGCAGAAGAUGAAUAUACACAAUUCUCUGGCUUUAGGAAAUUCCUAACAAACAAGUUACUGUUGAUAGAAAGAUGUGAUAUUAUGUGAGAAGAAUAAAGUGGUGUAGCCAAUGUACAUCUGUUGCAAGUAAUAACUUGAGGCAUCUAGAUGGAAAAUAGGAAGAGGUUGAUAAAUACUAAAGGUAACUAAAGAGGUGCUUCCCAGUAUGCAUUAAUAUAAACACUAAUAAUAAUAAUAAUAAUAAUAAUAAUAAUAAUAAUAAUAAUGAUAAUAAUAAAUAAUAUCAUCGCAGGAUGAAAGCA